UCGCGUCUACAGCCCGCCCCCGCCGCGGAGGUGCGGGGUGAAGCUUGGGACCCGGCGUGUCUCCGCCUCUUGUGUGCUUCUAGGGUGUGUGCUUCUGGGGGGCGACAACCCAACUAAGGAAGACGAGGACCCUGGGCCGUGCCGCGGUGCGCCCACCCCACAUCUCCCGGCGCCAAGCCUGCUUUCACCCCAGGGUGUUGUUUUCUUGUCCCCGCCACCUCCUGGUCCCAGGCCCAACAUGAUACUGACCAAAGCCCAGUACGACGAGAUAGCCCAGUGCCUAGUGUCUGUACCGCCCACCAGGCAGAGCCUGAGGAAGCUGAAGCAGAGGUUCCCCAGUCAAUCGCAGGCCACUCUGCUGAGCAUCUUCUCCCAGGAGUACCAGAAACAUAUUAAAAGAACACAUGCCAAACAUCAUACUUCAGAAGCAAUUGAAAAUUACUACCAGAGGUACCUGAAUGGAGUGGUGAAAAAUGGAGCUGCCCCAGUGCUCCUGGAGCUGGCCAAUGAGGUGGACUAUGCACCCUCAUUAAUGGCUCGGAUUAUACUGGAGAGGUUUCUACAGGAACGUGAGGAAACUCCACCUUCCAAGUCUGUUAUAAAUAGUAUGCUACGGGACCCUUCUCAGAUUCCAGAUGGAGUUCUAGCAAAUCAGGUCUAUCAGUGCAUCGUGAAUGACUGCUGUUAUGGACCACUGGUGGACUGCAUCAAACACUGCCUUUGUUACCCUUUACUAAAACUUCCCAGUGCCAUUGGUCAUGAGCAUGAAGUCCUGCUGAGAGACUUGCUUCUAGAAAAAAACCUGUCCUUCCUAGAUGAAGAUCAGCUUCGUGCAAAGGGUUAUGACAAAACACCAGACUUUAUUUUACAGGUUCCAGUUGUAAUGCUUUGUCCCUUAGCUGUAGAAGGGCACAUAAUUCACUGGAUUGAAAGCAAAGCCUCAUUUGGUGAUGAAUGUAGCCACCACGCCUACCUGCAUGACCAGUUCUGGAGCUACUGGAAUAGAUUUGGCCCGGGCUUGGUGAUCUAUUGGUAUGGAUUUAUCCAGGAGUUGGACUGCAACCGGGAGAGGGGCAUCCUGCUCAAAGCCUGUUUCCCCACAGACAUUGUCACCUUAUGCCAUAGCACAGCUUGACCCUGAAGAUCCUGGAAGAGAAGCUGGGAGGAAGAGUGAAUCCGGAAGCAAUUUUACUUUCCUGCAGCGUAAACUCCUGGCAACAUCUGCCCUGAACUUCAGCUGAACUCUUGCCGCCGUGGUCUCACCACUACCUCUCUAGACAAACAUAUCAGGAGUUUCUGUUUUCCUUCAUCUCUUGCUGAUGUGAACAGCCAAGAACUACAGACACAACCCACUCAUUAUCAGCAUUUCUGUCUCUGUCAAACAGUUAGUUUAUAGAUAGUCAUAAUCUUUCUUCCUUCCGGAUGGUUUCUCCUUGUGUACUGAACAAAAGAAAGAAUGUGGAGACUGAAAGGUGUGAUUUUUCAAUUCUCCUCCCAGUUACCAAAUCACCUCCUUUUUUUUUUUUUUUUCUCUCCCCUAAGCUUCCAUUCAUCCACUCACAGUUACCCAUCCUUGCCUUACUGUCCUGGAAUAACCUAGCCAAACCUACAAAAGCUGAAGACAAGAAGUCUGAAUUCAAGUUUGGCUCUCACCUGCAGAGCCGCAGCAGACCUAGAUGGGAGCCUGUGCCACAUGCAUAUUCUGCUCAGUCUUUACAAUUUCCUGGCUUCUGUGGAUUUAAGCCAAGCUGCAAAAAUACACUUGAUGAGAAUUUCCUCUUUUGAUAAUGCUUAUUUGAACUCCAAACAUUUUACAUUUAUCUCAUUUAAAAGCAUUGGUUACAUUGUGUCUGGGAGCCACACUCCUUUGGUGUAGAAGCUGAGGGGAGAGGAAUGAAACUCAGGGCCAGCAUUGUCCAGAGUUUAUUUUUAAUCAUGGCUACUCGUCAGUGCUAAGUUAGCCAGAAUUUUAUGAGUAAAAAAAUUUUAAAGCACAUUCUUUACACGGCUUUGCGUCUGCAUUAUAUACUACAUAAUUUUGUAACAAAUAAUUUAGACAUCAGAAGUGUUCAUCUUUGAAUGAAAGAAGUAUACCAGAAAUAAACCUGGAACAGUUUUUAAAUUAGCACAAUAAAGAAUGUUUUGUAUUUGCUCACUUAAAUUUGUUCACCUUUAUAUACUGCAAACCAGACUGGACUCUAAAAACAAAAUAUCACCUAUCUUUUGGGAAAUUAAAAAUCUAUCAAAAAAAUGUAUUUAGUAAAAUAUUUGCCCCCAUGCUUAUAAAACAUAGCUUUUAUAAUGUCAAAUAGGUGAUUUUGGAAAUACUAAUAAAAAUAUAAAUUUUGCAAACACCUUUAUGCUAUACACAUUACUUUGUUCUUCAAAAGACUAAAUUUGGCACUACUACUUAGUUGAUUCUGUACCUAAGAAGGUUUGCAAAACUCUGCUUAUGACUUUUCCUUUCAAAGUAUACAAACACCUGGAGUUUAUAGUGAGGCUUCUACAUGAACCCUCAAGAGAGGAAGAAGACAAUGAUAAAGAGGCAUCAAGCAAACUUGUAUUUCAGUGUAAAAUCUAUCAUGCAAGCUUUGCGAGUAAAUAGAUGAUUUGAGAACACUACCAUACUGCCUUGAUAUGCACACUUGCACACACAUGUACACACACAUUUUAAACAAAAAUAUUCAAACCUGUUAAAAACAGGCUUCAUGGCAUGCUCUAAACUGUUUUUUUACUUGAGGAAUAAAUUAAAUUUAUCUGCACAGAUGUUGAAAAUCCUGUUAAACCCUUGUCAAGGAUUUGUUUGUUUUACAUUAAACAUAUUUAUGAUGAGUGUGCCCAAAUAAAUUAAAAAAUAAAA